AUGAAGGUCGGAAGCGAAGUUCGGAGGAUACACGCUGCCGGCGGGUUCGAGAUCCGGAAUUUUCUUUCCAAUGAUGCAACGGUCGCAGCAAAAGUGGGGGCAACAUCUGCCGAAACAGAGAAAACAAUCAAGCCCGAGAAGGAAGACAACGUGGAGUCUGUUCUUGGUAUGAAAUGGAUCCCAACUGGAGAUGACCUCACUUACAACUUUGUAGUACGAGGUAAUCUUGGACAUGCACUGGAUCAAUCCCACAGGCCGUCCAAACGAGAAGUGCUACGUGUUGUUAUGAGCUUGUUUGAUCCACUGGGCUUGAUCAGCUUCUUCAUCAUCCACGGAAAGACACUCAUGCAAGACAUUUGGGCAUCCGGAGUAGACUGGGACGAGCCUAUCAAUGCCGAACUGUGCGAACAAUGGUGGCAGUCUAGAGAUGGACCGGCGGUAGCGCUAGUUGCUGGAAAGGCGAAGGUAGCUCCACUCAAAAUGAUGUCCAUUCCACGAUUGGAGCUUCAAGCUGCUGUGUUGGGCACGCGAUUACUCAACAGUGUUGCUGCAAUGCAUGGUCUCCCAGUUAGUCGCCGUGUUUUGUGGACCGAUUCGCAGACAGUUCUUGCCUGGUUGCGCUCCGAUCACCGAAGAUAUCAGCAGUUCGUGGGCUUUCGCGUGGCAGAGAUUCUAUCCACGACAAACGUGCAAGAAUGGAGGAAAAUCGAUACCGAGCUGAACGUCGCUGAUCUUGCAACGAAAUGGGGUAAAGGACCAAACUUCGAUAGAGAUAACCCGUGGUUCCGUGGGCCACAAUUUCUGAGGGAACCAGAAAGCUUCUGGCCGAAGCAGGAGACAGUGCCGCCUACUACAAGUGAAGAAAUUCGUCGAGUUGGUGUGCAUGCCGAGCAACCCGUACCGCUGGUAGAAGUUAGAAGAUUUGGCAGCUGGGAAAAGUUAAAUCGCACCACGGCGUACGUUCAUCGUUUCAUCAAUAAUCUCACCCGGAAGAAACAAGGAGAACAACUGGAAUUUGGAGUGUUGAAGCAACAUGAGUUGAUGGAUGGAGAGAUCACGCUAUUCAAACAAGCGCAACGAGAAUUCUACGCCGAAGAAAUAAAGCAGCUCAGCGGGAAGGAGAAAUCGUUGCAGUUUCGUGGUUCUGCGGUGUCAAAAUCCAGCAAGAUCUUCAAGUUGUGUCCCUUCCUAGAUCAGUCAGGGGUAUUGCGAAUGCAGGGAAGGAUUGGUGCAGCGCCACACGUUCCGUAUGCAGCGAAGUUCCCAACGAUUCUACCGCCGAAGUCACAUAUCACGAUUCUUCUCGUGAAUAAGUUCCACCGUCGUUUCCGUCAUGCGAAUAGGGAGACGGUCGUAAACGAGAUGAGGCAGGCGUUCCAUAUCCCAAACAUGCGAGCGUUGCUAGGGAAAGUUGCUCGAGACUGCAUCUUCUGCCGUAUACAUAAAGCUGUUCCACGGCCGCCUCCAAUGGCGCCGCUGCCGAAAGCUCGACUAACGUCGUUUGUGCGGCCGUUCACAUUCGUAGGCUUGGACUAUUUUGGGCCUGUUCUAGUCAAGGUUGGGCGCAGCAAUGCCAAGCGAUGA